CCGGGCGCCAAAAUCGAGGCAGACGGAGGGUUUUUCCCAGCCAAGGCACAUUAGGCAGACACAUCCAUAGCGUUUCAGCAGAAUCUUAACCGCUUACAUAUUACACCCUGCCUGACGGUCCCCACUCAUUUUCAACUGCUUCGAUCCGUCAAACAGAGCAGCUAAAAUGGGCGACGAAAAGCGUAGGUGUCGUUCCGACUUUGUAUCCAGACCAACAUGGCAACUCACUUGACAAUAGGAUCCGUGAUUUCACAGAAGGGGCCGCAGUCGGAAUUGCCUCCACCGCCGUAUAUCGAAGCCACGUGCAGCACGAGAGAGACUAUAACUGAUGUCCCAGACGGCAAAUGGGAUCUCGCAUGCACAAUUCCCUCACACGAUAUGUGCCUAUGCUUGACCGAGGAAGGCAGGCCAACGUGGCUGAACAUGUCAGAUCACACUGAACCCUCCGGCAAGAGCUUCCGGCGGCACGGAUUCGAUGUUGACCUCACUCGACCUUCAAUCACGUUGAAAAAGCAAUCGUAUACCUGGUCAUGUGAACGAGAUUCCGCCGCAGGAGGUCUUUUACUGUCCCAAGGCAAAGAUUUGUCACUGGCAAACUUCGGGAAUCAAUUGGUCAUCUUCGAGCGGACGGUUGAGAUCGAAGACCGAAGUCGACCACCACCAAAGUCUCCCGAGGACAAGAAAGGCUCUCUUAAAGUCGAAACAGCAUCUCCCAACAUCUUCUGUCUCACGGGAACAGAUGUCUAUCAGGUUGAAGGCGACGAAAAAGACCUGGUCAUUCGGUCACAAUGUUUCCUGAGGCUGUGGGACAUAGUCAAGGGAAGAUUCCGCUGGGAGAUGUUCAAGCCAGUGGGACAACUCUUCUGCCUCACCAAUCAGUAUGUCGUCUUCCAAGUUAGUCGCUACAAGCUACAUCAGCGAAAAAACGGUUAUAUACAUGGGGAGUUCGCUUUUCCCGCUUACUCAGUCUUCAUUAGCUUAAAAAAUGAGGACAAAUUUGGUCCCAUGGUAACUAAGGAUGGGCUCGUGUUGUACAAGCCGUGCAAGAAGGCCCUUUUUAUGUGUCAUAUCGGUGAUCGAGAAGUCAGAAUCCAAGCAUGGGAAUCAGAGGACGAAAUACGAGGUUCUCUGGUCCUGCGUGGCGACCUGAACAAUCUCCAGGUGGAGAUUAUUGGGCAGAACGCUAGUUGGACCAAGCAUGAAAUGGAGGAGCCGGUCUUCAAAAAUUGGGAUCCGAUCAAGAAGUACGUGCUGAAGACGUGACUUUAUCACCCUCCUGUACCCGGAUACGCGGCCAUGCAUCAGCUGCUAUAGGAAGGCACUUGCCCUUUUGCGAUCGACACAGGCGAGAGGAAGGGAUUUGACAAUUUGGCAAGGCUGGUGUCUCACACCGCAGAAGAUACAUCAAAAAAAAAGGAUUCCAUCGAUGCUCGACAGUGGAGUGGGCAGCCGAACAUCCUGGCGAGUGGAUCCUAUCUCCUCUUCCUGCGGCAAUUAGUUAGACCGUGGCAUCGAUGAGGAUAAUGCAUCGGAGCAUAGAGGUCUGAUACUUUACCAACCGGCGGUGUUCGGUCUACAUGUUUUGAAGGAAUUUGGUAUAUCCGCUGUGACAUUGCCGUACUUUCUAUAGCAAUAUCAAUCAUUGAUACGAUGUCACGGUGGUGAGAGCGCUGAA